AUGGUGCUGAGGAUUGAGAGCGGCGACAGCGAUGUGUGCAGCGAGUGCUGGGACAAGGCCGUGCUGUUUGCCGCGGGCACGGACCCCUAUGUGCUCAUGGAGGAGGCGGUGAUCGUAGCCGCGGAGUGCAGCGGGACCGCCAAGCCUCUGCGCGCCAAGACCCUGCCCCCAACCCUCGACUCAUUUGGCUGGUGCAGCUGGGACUCGUUCUACUCCACGGUCUCCGCGCAGGGCCUCGACGAUGCUGUCCGAGGCCUGCGGGCUCAGGGCACGCCACCACGCUGGGUGGUCAUUGAUGACGGCUGGCAGUGCACACAGGUGGACGCCGCCUACCGCGACGACCCGCUCAAGGCCUUCCGACGAGGCAACGGGGAAGAGUCCUCCACCAACUCGCGCGAGUCCUUCGUGGAGGGCGAGUUCGAGGCGCUGGAGCUGGCGGCGCGCGGCAUCCCGGCGGCCGGGUCGGCGGGGGCCAUGCUGCGCGAGGUGCGCAGCAGCCUGGACCCCGAGGGCGCGCCCCCCAUCGACGCGGAGAUGAUGGCGCUGCAGAAGACGGGGGGGCUGGCGACGGGGGAGGAGGGGCGGCGAGGCAGGCACCUCUGGCGCCGACCCUUUGUCAUCAGCCUGACACUGGACCUGCUGGGUUACGUCGGCGGCCGCAUCACCGGCUUCUUCUCCUUCCUGCUCAUCAUGUUUUACCAGAAUGUGGUCGACCCCGCCCCCACCGGCAGCUGGCCGGCGCGGCUGUGGACGUGGGCUGCGCUGCGCUCGCUGCGCGAGCCCCUGGUCCAGUUCAUGGCGGACAGCACCAACUUCACGCGCCGCCUGACCAGCGUGCGCGCCAACUCCAAGUUCUCCUCCCCCCGCGCGCGGCCCGAGGACGUGUCCUCUGGCGCGCCCGCCGACCUGGCCUCGGUGGUGUCCCACCUGCGCAGCGUGCACGGCGUGGCCUGGGUGGUCUGCUGGCACGCGCUGUCGGCCUACUGGUCGGGCGUGAGCUGGGAGUCCCCGGGCAUGGCGCGCUACGCGCCGCGCCUGGUCUACGGCGCCCCCACCCCCGGCGUGGCCGAGGUGGAGCCCUCGGCCGCCUGGAACCCGGCCGUGCUGGGCGGCGUGGGCUGGGUGGGGGACAUGGGCGCGCUGUUCGAGGACAUGCACGCCUACCUGGCGGCGGCGGGGGUGGCCGGAGUCAAGGUCGACGCCCAGGCCGGCGUCGGCUUCGUGGGGCACGCCAGCGGCGGCGGCGCGGCGGCCGCCGCCAGGGCGCACGCCGCGCUGGAGGCCAGCAUCGCCGUGCACUUCCCCGCCAACCUGGCGGUGAACUGCAUGUGCCACAGCACGGAGAACAUCUACGCCUGGGAGGGCACCGCGCUGGCCCGCGUGUCCGACGACUUCUACCCGACCGACGCCUCCACGCACCGCCCCCACGUCGCGGCCUGCGCCUUCAACUCCCUCUUCUUCUCGGGCGUCGCUCACCCAGACUGGGACAUGUUCCAGUCCGAGCACCGCGCCGCCGCGCUCCAUGCCGCCGCGCGCGCCGUGAGCGGCGGUCCGGUGUACGUGUCAGACAGCCCCGGGCGCCACUGCGUCCCGCUGCUCAAGCGCCUGGUGCUGCCCGACGGCGGCGUGCUGCGCGCGCUGCGCCCCGGCCGCCCCACGCGCGACUCGCUGUUCCUGGACGUCUGCUGCGACGCCCGCUCCUGCCUCAAGGUCUGGAACCUGAACCCGCGCGGCGGCGUGCUGGCGGCCUUCAACCUCCAGGGCUCGGCCUGGGACUGGGGGCGGCGGCGGUACCGCACGCACGAGGCCGCGCCGCCGCCGCUGCCCGCGCGUGCCGCGGUAUGGGACGUGGAGCCGUACCGCGGCGCGCCCAGCGGCGACCGCUUUGCCAUGCACGUGGAUGGGGCCGAGGGCGUGCUGGUUGUGGACGCCGCCGGCGGCGUGGACCUGCAGGUCCCCAGUGAGUCGGUGGAUCUGUUUGUUGGCGGCGGCGCCGUGAUGGUGACCGUGGCGCCGGUGGUGACCUCGCCCGACGGCCAGGUCAGCGCGGCCCCGCUGGGGCUGGCCAACAUGCUGAACUGUGGGGGCGCGGUGCGCGACUUCCACUGGCAGACGUCCCCGGAGAACGGGCGCCCCGCCGCGCCGCAGCUCAGCGUGGAGGUGCGCGGCUGCGGGACGCUGCUGGCGUACUGCAGCCGGGAGCCGGGCAGGGCCUAUGCGCAGGGCGUGCAGACCAACUGGUGGUGGAAGGAGGGGCGGCUGGAGGUGAGCGUGCCGCAGGGCGACGGGGCGAGCACCCAGACGGUGGUCAUCGCUUUCUAG